AUGAAGCUAAGUAUCCUGUUACUCCUGGGUGUGGUGGCGCACUGCCAUGGCUACCACAUCAUCACCAUGUUCCCCAUGCCCUCACACAGCCACAACCAGCUCUCCAAGGGCAUCGUGGAUGCUCUGCUGCAAGGAGGACAUACGGUGACCUGGGUGACUCCGUUCCCAGGGAAAGCUGAUAAAAACAACCCAAAGCUGAAAUUAAUCGACAUCAGCUCGGUACUAAGUCAUGUUUCCAACAUCGACAUGACUGACCAGAGUCACAACAACGCUGGUAUCUCAUUCAUCAAGGAGUUUGCAGCCAACAUGACGCUGGAGAUGCUGAACACUCCCGCAGUGAAAGAAGCUCUGAUUAAAGGAAACUUUGAUGCUGUAGUUACUGAGAACUUCUUCUGUGACUUCUUGGCUGGCAUUCCAGCAGUGCUCCAAGUACCCUGGAUCCAGCUGGCCGCCACCCAACUCCACCCUGAUAUAGAGGCGCAGAUUGACGAGGUGCGCUCCGUGCCCACCAUACCUUUGAUGUUUAACCCCUCAGGGGUCCCUAUGACGUUUGCCAGCAGAGCAAUCAACGCCAUGAUAUUUUCCAUGAUGACUAUGUACAGGUGGACUGGUCGAGCCGCCACCAUCAAACAAUACGAAGAUAUCUUCACCCCCAUAGCCGCAGCAAGAGGUGUCUCCCUCCCACCCUUCGAUGAUGCAUUCCACAACGUAUCUAUCACCUUCGUGAACUCCCACGAGUCCCUGACUCCUGCGUUCACCACUCCUCCCAAUGUUAUCAGCAUUGCUGGUUACCACAUGGAUGAGAAUAUUCCACCUCUACCCAAGGACUUGCAAGAAUUGCUGGACGGAUCACCUAAAGGUGUGAUCUACUUCAGUAUGGGCUCAGUUCUGCGCUCAUCAGCUCUGAAGCCGCACACGCGUGCCGCUUUACUGAAGCUGUUCGCUUCCCUCCCUUACACAGUGCUGUGGAAGUUCGAGGAGCCGCUCAAGGACCUCCCUCCUAAUGUCCACGUCAGACCCUGGAUGCCUCAGCCUAGUAUUCUUGCUCAUCCCAACGUGAAAGUAUUCAUCACGCACGGAGGUCAGCUCAGUUCGUUGGAAGCUGUACGAGCUGGAGUGCCACUGCUAGCAGUUCCAGUGUUCGGAGACCAGCCCGCUAACGCAGAGAGAGCCAGGCGCAGCGGAUAUGCUCUGAAGGUCGACUUCUCACCAGACAUGGUGCCUGAGCUAGAAGUAGCUCUGAAAGAGAUCUUGAAUAAUGACCAAUACUCCAAACGUGUGAAGUACCUCUCGAAGGUGUUUACAAACCGCCCCACCACUCCCAAGAAGCUAAUCAACCACUAUGUGGAACUGGCAAUUGAGACUAAAGGAGCUCUUCAUCUACGCUCGACGUCUCUACAAUACAGAUGGUACGAGCGCUGGAUGUUAGAUGUCGUGCUUGUCCUGCUCGUCACGCUCGCGAGCAUUCUCGCUCUGCUCGUGUUUGCUGCUAAGAAAGUCAUAAACAAAGUUACGGGUAAAAAAGUAUAUACAGAAAAAUCAAGUAAAAAGAAAAGAAAUUAG